AAAUUAUUUUGGUAAGACAAUGUAAAAUCUUCAGUAAGUUGCUACGGUGUGAUAAUUCAGUCUGUGAUUGAAUUAUUAGUAGAUUUCGCUACUAACCUCGUAAUUUAUUUUUAUUUAAGUAAAUUUAGAGAGAUGGAGUUUGAUGUAUUUGAAAAGUUAAGUGAACUGGAGACUGAAAUCCACAUUUUGAAGAAGGAACUCGAAGAAAAAGAUGCAUUCAUUCAAAACCUGAUGGACAAAAAUACAGACUUAGAACGCCGUCUACUAUCUCUCAAUCAAAACAGUGUGACCGGUGAAAAUAAUUUAUCACGUGUAAAAGAGAUUGCUCCCAACGGUUCGAAUACUACUGAUUCUAAAACAUAUGGUGCAUCAAUAGCUAAUAUGCUUAAAGAAACAUCGGAAGCUGUUGUACGUAAUACAGGCUACACAUUCGACGAACGAACUGGUUUGUAUUAUGAUCAUAAAAGUGGCUACUAUUAUGAUCCGGAAAAUCAGUUAUUUUACGAACCCAAAACCGGGACAUACUAUAAGUACAAUUCAGAAACUGGUGAAUAUACAAAUUAUACUGCAUCAGAAGACGAUGCUAUGAAUAGCAAAUUCAAGGAAUUCUCUCACCCGGUGUAUGCACACUUACUAAAGAAAAUGCAACAGCGCCACAAAGCAGAAAAAGAAAACGAUCAUGGUUACCUAUCAAAGACUGUAUCUAGACAAAGUCGGUCAACAAGCAGUGAUAUUGGUCAUCGUAGAAGACGGAGAAGUCGUAGUCACUCUGGUUCGCAAUACUGUCGUUCAUACUACAAACAUAGAUGUGAAAGUCCAUCAUUUCAUAGACAUACAAGGCGCAGACAAAAAUCUUACAGAUACUCCCAUCGUUCUGGAAGUUCUCGUAGUGAUGAAAGCCGCUAUAAACGUAGUAAACAUCGGAGAAGAAAACACUCCCAUCGACGCAGGCAUCGAUCGUCUUCUACUACUGGUUCUGUGUGUUCGUACAAAAGUCGAAAUUUGACACAUUCAAAAAAGAAAAGAAAACGAAAGAACAGAAGUCCUACGGAUAGUUCUAAUAGCACUACUUCUAGUUCUAAUCCUUUAAAACAAAAAUCAAAAUCGUUAAUUAAAGAAGAAGUGAUCACAUCAUUUACUGGCGAUCCGGUUGUUUAUCCUCCAUGUGUACGUCUAAUGGUACUAGCAUCACAAUAUGCUCAAACAGGACAACUUUUUAUCAUUACAAGUCAAGAGUCAACAGAAGGCAAGGGUUGUAUUGGAAAAUCGUCUCAUUUAUGUCCACAUGCACAUUUAACAAAUGACCCAGAGAUAAGCGAGUUGCAUUGUGAAGUUAUUUACGAUACAGAUAGUCGUCAAUAUUCACUACUGGAUCGGGGUUCUAAUUUUACUACCAGUAUCAAUGGUAUUACUUUAGCAAAGUGUAAAUCAUCAAUAUUACGUCAUGGUGAUAUAAUACGAUUAGGUUCAACCCGUUUACUUGUACACAUACAUAAUGGUAAUGAAACAUGUGGACAAUGUGAUCCAGACGAGAUUAAGGCUGCUUUAACUUCAAUUAUAGAUGUCAAUGAAACAAUCAAUUCUACAAAUGAUGAUAUGAAUACAGAAAAUCUAACUGAAACUAAACCGACACAUUCAUCAAAAGAUGCUGAAAGACGUGCAAAAUUAGAUGAAAUAAAGAAAAAAUAUGGUUUAAAGUUUCCGCGAAUAAGACCUCAGACAAAGACAGACAGACAAUAUAUGGAUCGUGCUGCACAACGACGUGCAAUCGAAGCAAAUUUAAAAGCAGCAGGUUAUCCAUUACCUCCUGCACCAGGUGUAAUAAAACAGCAACUUAUUAAAACUCCACUAAUAACUCGAGCAACACCAGCCAGUGUAUAUAAACCUAUUGGAGAUGAAAAUAAAGGAGCUAAAUUAUUAGCUAAAAUGGGUUGGACACCUGGUCAAGGAUUGGGUAAAAGUAAAACUGGAAUUUCAGAACCGAUAACUGUUAGUUUACGUGUCAAUCCACAAGCUGGUCUUGGUUCAAGCAGUUUAUCAAACAAUACAAUAUCGAUUGAUUCAACACCAAGAGAAUUAUCACAAGCAUAUAUUCGUGCAAAAACAAAAGAACGUUUUGAUAAAUUAUCAUAA